AUUAGCGUGUAAUGGCGGCCUCGGCGUUGCUCGGCUCUCUGGACAGCGGAGGAGGAAACUUCACGUCCGCAGGCGGCACCGGGAGCGUUCUGAUCGGGAGCCACAACGGACUGGGCCCGGCGGGUCCGGCGCCCUGGAACCGGUCUCUGGACCGGGCUCUGGACGAAGCCUCGGCCACCGGGAGUCUGAACCUCAGCGCCAGGAAGCUGAAGGAGUUCCCCCGCAGCGCCACCAACCACGACCUGACCGACACCACGACGACCGACAUGUCUCGUAACCGUCUCUCGGAGCUUCCUCUGGACGUUUGUCUCUUCGUGUCUCUGGAGAGUCUGAACCUCUACCAGAACUGUAUCAGGUCUCUACCAGACAGUCUGCUCAACCUGCAGGCCCUCACCUACCUGAACCUCAGUCGUAACCAGCUGUCUGUCCUCCCGGUGGUCGUCUGCAGUCUCCCUCUGAAGGUUCUGAUCAUCUGCAACAACAAACUGGUUUCUCUGCCAGAAGAAGUGGGACAACUGAGACACCUGACUGAGCUGGACGUCAGCUGUAAUGAGAUCCAGACUCUUCCGUGUCAGGUGGGUCAGCUGGAGGCUCUACGAGACCUGAACAUCAGGAGGAACCACCUGGUCCGGCUGCCUCCAGAGCUGGCAGACCUCCCUCUGGUACGUCUGGACUUCUCCUGUAACAAAGUGACCUCCAUCCCCGUCUGCUACCGACAGCUCUCUCAGCUCCAGACCAUCGUCCUGGACAACAACCCUCUGCAGACCCCACCUGCACAGAUCUGCAUUAAAGGGAAGGUCCACAUAUUUAAGUAUCUGAACCUGGAGGCCAAUAAGACCACCCCGGACCUGCCAGACUACGACAGACGACCUUUGACCUUCAGCUCCUGUGUUGAUGAGCUGUACCCGGGUCGUCCAUACGGAGCGCUGGAUUCUGGCUUCAACAGCGUCGACAGCGGAGACAAGAGAUGGUCGGGGAACGAGCCGACAGAGGAGCUCUCAGAGCUGCCGCUCAGAGUGGCCGAGAUCAGCAGAGACCAGAGACACAGAGGAGGAGGAGGAGGAGGAGGAGGAGGAGGAGGACCUCAGCUCGCUAACGGGACACAUGUGGAGUUGGAGCAGAUAGACUUCAUAGACAGCAGUUUGGGGGAGGAAGAGGAGGAGGAGGGGAGGAGUCGAGGAGGAGGAAGCAGGGACAGCAUCAGCCUGAGCUCUCAGUUCAUGGCCUACAUCGAGAGACGCAUCACCAGAGAGGGUUCUCCAGGGAAAACCAGCUCCAGGACAGAGGACACGAGGAGACACAACAGGAGUGUGGUUGAUGGUGUAACAGCGCCCUCUAGUGCCCAGAGCCAGAGAGGAGGUGUUGUAGCUUCAGGGGUGGUGGAGAGGAUGAGGAGGGAGGCUCAGCUCGCUGCUCUGAGGUACGACGAGGAGAGACACAAGAAUCGAUCCGUCACCAGCAACACUAAGCAUAAAGCAGAUCAGAGUCCAACCAAGUCCAGUACAGACAGUGAGAAUGUCUACCCAUCCAGACGCUCCACCCACACAGAUGACUCCGCCCUCUUCAUGGGGGAGGACAGAGCUGCACUGUCUCCAACAGCUAAUCAGUCGCCCUCGUACCCCAGCUUAGGGGGCGUGGCCUCCUGUCGGACAGCCGGUCCGAGACCAGAGAGCUUCCUGUUUCGUCUCGGUCAGAAAGAAGAGAAGAGGAAAGGUGAAGCUGCUCAGACUCAGGAGGAGACUCCUGCUGCUCCUCCUCUGGUGGGAGAAGAUGCUGAGCUGGUGGAGCAGCUCAGGAAGAAUAUCGAGGCUCGUCUGAAGGUGUCGUUACCUAGCGACCUGGGAGCAGCUCUGACAGACGGGGUGGUGCUCUGUCACCUGGCCAAUCACGUGAGACCUCGGUCCGUCCCCAGCAUCCACGUCCCCUCCCCCGCUGUGCCUAAACUCACAAUGGCCAAAUGUCGACGAAACGUUGAGAACUUCCUGGAGGCGUGUCGCAGGAUCGGUGUUCCACAGACUCAGCUGUGUCUUCCUCUCCACAUCCUGGAGGAGCGAGGGCUCCCCCAGGUGGCCGGGACCGUCGGCGCCCUGCUGGACCUGGCCCCGCCCAGACACCCCGUCACCACGACGACGCCCACCACACCUGGCCCCCCCGCCGGCGUGUAGGACACCGCCACCGCACACGCUCAGUCCGCCUCCUGUUAGUGAGAGUUAAAGGUCCUGGUCUGACGGAGAAACCGGUCCGGCUCUCAGAAGCUCAAAUGAUCAAAGUUUAAGUAAGUGAGGCUGCUCAAGGGCCCCCAAGAUAGAACACAGAGACUCUGAGAGACAGAACGCUUCCUGUUAGCACAACAUAACAAUAUGUUCUUCAGUCAGGAACCUCAUCAGGACAGAGUUUAUUAUAAUCAUAAAACACAAACAUUAAACAUAAACAUUAAAUAUUAAACAUGAAACAUUAAAUAUAAAACAGAAACAUUAAACAUGAAAUAUUAAACAGAAACAUUAAAUAUAAAACAGAAACAUUAAAUAUAAAACAUGAAACAGAAACAUUAAAUAUAAAACAGAAACAUUAAACAGAAACAUUAAAUAUUAAACAGAAACAUUAAAUAUUAAACAGAAACAUUAAAUAUAAAACAGAAACAUAAGAGGGAGAAGGAGUCCAGCUUUCUAUGUUAUCAAAAACAUUCUACAGAAAGAAAAGAAAGGAUACAGAAAUGACAAUCAUAACAAUAGUUUGUAACUUUACUGUUUGUGAUCUGAUGUAGUCACAUUUAAUAAUCGAUGACAAUGACGUCGCUAACUGCUAACGCUGGCUAACGUAAUGUUGUCCUUGUUGACAACAUUAAUCUCCUGGACACUGUUGGAGCGAUGUGGAGGAUGAGCUUUGGUUUUAUUUAUUUAUGCUGAAGGAUGGACAAAACGUCAAACUAAGAUCAUAAAACACUAAAAACAAGAUUACAUGAAUAAAACCUAAUGUAGCUAAAUGCUAAUGUUAAAACAUUUGAGCAUGAAAAUUAAUCCCUUUUGAAAAAGUGGGUUUCGAUAUCGUGCUGCUAAUUGCUAACAAUAACUAGCAUUUAUUCAAAUAACACUAAUGUAGCUCUCUGCUAACGUUAGCCAACAUUAAGGUAGUUGGUUUGGAGAUUUACACUAACAUAGUCCACAGCUAAUAUUAAUUUACGUUGUUAGGCUUGUUGGUUUGUAGAUGAAGCUAACACGGCUCGCUGUAAAUAUAAGCUAAUACUAACUUGGUUGAGGAUUAAAGCUAAGCUAAAGCUGGUUUAGAGUUUAAUGACAGCACAUAUUGAUCCUCAUUGCUCAUAUUGGCAACACAAACUCCAACCAUCUAGUUAGAUAACAGUUAGCUAAAAGUCCUGCAGGUUUAAAGAUUAAACAUCAGCUAGCAGUAAUGUUAAACAUUAGCGCGCAUUAAUCCACUCGGUCUGGUUAUGAAGCUAAUGUAGCUUCAUGCUAAAAUUUGUUUAGAUUGAUCUUUAACUGUUUAAAAUACUGAACGCAGGUUUACACGAGUAAUCUUCAAUUCAAGCUAACAUUAUGAACCCAGUAGGUUUGAAAAUAAACAUAGGCUAAUGUAAGGCUUGAACUGAUGCUAAGAUAUCUCAACGCUAAUGUUUACUAACAUUAUGAACCCAAAAGGUUCCCAGGUAGCUAACAGAAGAUAGGGCUAACAUUAGAAAGUGCUGACGUCACCUUACAUUACACAGUGCAAAUGUUAGCAAACAUAAGACUGGAGCUAAAGCUAAGGUAGCUUAGUGCAAAUGUUAGCUAACAUUAGGCUGUGGUAGUGUUAGCUUACAUUGAGCUAAAGCUAAGGUAGCUCAGUCCUAAUAUUAGCUAACAUUAAACUUGAGCUAAAGUUUGAGUAGCUCACUAAUGUUAGCUAACAAUAGACGUUGUUUUCAGUUGAGUCCUCAGCUCUGUUUUCUCCGUCAGAUCCAAACGUCAGAAUUUAGUUUCCUAUUUAAAGCUUUAUUGAGUUCUGAUUGGACGUCAGUUGGAAUGACAUCAGCGAUCAUGUGAUGGUGACAAACGUCUUUCUGCCCUGAACUCUGACUCACAGGAUCUUUAUCAGACGGAGGAGAACUCUCCUCUGUUCACACGAUGCUUUACUGUUUUCUACAUUUCUGUCUCUCAGGUGGGUUACCUGUCUGUUGUUUCAGGCUCCUUCACCACCUGGUUGAUCCUCCUCCUCUAUGACAUCAUCAACAAACUGCUUCAUUGAUCAUGUGAAGAGACUCAGUCAGUUGAUCAGAGGGUCAUAAUCAAUAAUUGAUUGAAUCAAUAAAGUGAUCUAAAUAAGAGUAAUUUAUAAAAAACAAUGUAAUAACGAUAAUAAACUUUAUUUCCAAACUAGUCAAAGACUGAAAUAUUUUAAAUUGUAGAAAAUCUUUUUCUGUAAUUUAUUAAAUGAAUUCUAUAUUUAUGAGGACACGUUUCUGUAGAUUUAAAGUCUUUAGAGAAGAUCUUCAAACAAUGAAACAAUUAAAGUGUUUUUUUGAAAAAUGAUCCGAUGGUUUUAGAGGGACGUCAUCUUUGACUGGUUUUAGUCACGAGACGAUAAAAACACUUUAACCUCUAAUGACGGAUGUUUAACGAGUCCAAUCACAGACAGAGACUGAGGAGCUGCUCUGAUUGGAGGAGGACCAGCAGGUGAUGACCAGCUCCUGUCCAUGUUUCUGUUGCAUUUUGGGACAUUCUUUAUGUUCCACAGCCACACUACUACAAUCUCUGUUGAAUAA